CUGCUGCUUCUUUUUACAGCUGUACUUGAACAGGAGUCGGUGUAAAGAAUACUGGCGCACAAAUUCGCCAUUACAUACUGAAUCACAUAGGCAACAUUCGACUGCAGACGCAUAGACGCAGGCGACGGCACGUCAAGUGCUGCGAAAAUCGUUGUGGCGUGUGCACGGGGGGAGACCUUGCCGUAGUUAAAUCCCGUCGCACACCAUACAACAGAAGUUGGCAGCGGUCGUUGGCUGCCAAUUUUGCAAUGGAAUUGUGCGCGCGUUGCUUCCAGACGUGCGUUCGCGCGUUUGCGUAGUGCGAAGCAACGGAAAAGUAGAAGUGCAUGCCAAGAACUGCAGUGACGGCGCAAUUCUCUUUUCAUCUAACACCCAGCAUCGUCGAGUGGACGAAAUCAACACUUCAGCAGCGGCUACAAUACAACAACAAAACAUACAACUACUUUAAAAAAAUCAAACGGAAAUUACAUACAAAACCAAAAGAAGAAUACAAUUAUUUGAAUUUUGUGCAUAAGAUAAUCGUUAUGGUACCUAAUAAUAAAGCUGAUUUAAAAAACAUAAUGUUAUUGCCGCAUAGCUGAUGCAACCAUAGUGAAGAGAAGCCGAUUGAGGAGAUAUACCUAGAGGAAUUUGGUGUACAGCCAUGAGAAUAAUCAUGUAGCUAACAAACAGGUACUUACGUAUGUGUGUAAUUUAAUAGUGUUCGGUUGCAUUCAGUUUCAGUAGCGUGCGUAGCGGCGAGAGGGAAGCGAGAGGGAAGCGAGAGUGAACGAGUAGUGAAAGUGAACGAAUUUAACGGUAUGUACAAAUUUCUCGCCAUUGUUGUUAUUUAACCGAUAAAAGUGUUUAUAUGCGAUACGAAAGUGCUGGUGAAAUAAACGAAACCGAGAAAAACAAUAACAACAAUACAAAUGCUAACACAAAGAAAACAAUAUAAAACAAUUUUAAGUUAUUAAAGUUGUGUAAAGGUUAAUUUCAAAUAAAAUGUUAAUUUCAAAUAAAAUGUGAUUUUAAAAAUAAGUAAAAUUUUGAAAUAAUAUAUGUGUGUAUAAUAUAUUAUACAUAUGUACGCAUGCAUGGACGGAGAAGGAAUUAUAGAAAAUAGGUGUGUGCAUUUUAAACUACAGUAAAUAGCUAAUAACAAUAAUAACAAAAUCCCACGUUAAUGCAAUAGUUAAAAGGAAACAACGAAAAAAAUAAAAAUCAACAUUACCAGCGCUAUCAAAUAACAUCAAUAAGAACUAUUACAAAAUUGUCAAGCAAUGCAAAUAAAAAACUGAAUUUACCCGCUGAAAAAACAACAUGCGAACAAGUGUGCAAUUAAAAAGUGUCAUUGUAAACCCGCCAAAAUAUAAUUCGGUAAUUAUAUACUUUACGGAGUACAUGGAGAAACUAAUCAAAAACGUCAAUCGUCAAAAUCAAAAUAUUGGAAAAUAUUAAAAAUAGUGGGUUAGAUCAAUAAUUAAAUAUUUUAAAACCAGUGCAUAAAGUCAAAAAAAUUUUAUGUACAGUUUAAAUAGUCAAGCAGCAUACAUACACAUACAUAACAGACCAAAUAUUGUGACAAACAUAGCAUUUAAGGUGCAUAUGUCCAAAAGCCUUCAUAUAUGUAUAAUAUGUAUAAUAGCAAAAGUAAAGCCGACAUUAAGGUCGAUUAUCGAUGCAAGUAUAUUCUACCGCAUAUGUAGAUAUAAGUGUACACACAUUUACAUAUAUUCAUAUAAAUUAAUGUUUGUGUAAACAUAUGUAUAAGUAUACCUCCGUUAGCGUUAUACAUAUCUAGUGAUGUAAUCAAUCUUGCGAGAGUAAAUCACGAUUUGAUAUUCCACAAAGCAAAGAGAAAAACUAAAAUAAAACUAAAAUUAACUACAAAUUUAACAACGCUUAUAAAAAAUCAUAAUGCCACACAAUAGCCAUAAUUCACACUCGCGACAUGGUGGUUCUUCCAGCGACGAUUUGGGAAGCACCGAUGAGGUGAAAAUUUUCAAAGAUGAAGGCGAUCGCGAAGAAGAGAAAAUUUCAUCGGAGAAUCUGCUUGAAGAAAAGUCAAGCUUGAUAGAUUUGACAGAGAGUGAGGAAAAAAGCGGAAAGAUUCCAACAAGGCCGGAUCUGAGUCCAGUGUUUAGUAAACUUGAAUCCCAUGCAUCGAGCUUCAAUAUGGGAUAUCUAGUGUCGCCGUAUUCGUAUACGAAUGGCGGGGCUGGUGGAUUGCCGGUAACAAUGGCAAAUAAAAUUGGAAUCCCGCCAUUUUUUUGUCAUAAUGGUGACCCACUUACGACACCACCACCUGCGCACUGUGGUAUACCUCCAUAUCAGUUGGACCCAAAAGCCAUGGGGACGGAAAGGAUAUUAUAAUUGAAUUACUAUCUAGAUUUUCCUUAACUAUUUGUUAGUAAUUAUUUCACUUAUUUAGU